AUGCCUAUUCGCGGAGCAUCCUGUGGAAUUUUUUCAGAGAAAAAGGAAGCUCAUCUAAAUGGUGAGUUCAAAGGAUCCAUGGCUGAUCCUGCAAAUUCAAGUGUACUGCUAACUCCAGAAUCCUCUCCCAGCAAAGACAGUUCCUCUUCUGUUUCCACUCUCACAACAUCGACUAAUACAACACAACGGAAAAGGGAGAAAUCCGACAACGAAUGCAACCAAAACUCGAGUGAACCUCCAAUUCAUCCCCAUAAACAAUUACUCUUAGUUAUGCAAUCAUCAGAAAAAUCAUCGACAAAGAAAAAAGGGCCACACAAAAAGCAUAAAGUUGUGUCCACUCAUCGAAAUUCAUUAUCCCCAAGUCAGAAGCCAAGAUCUUCUAAUCGACAAAAGAAGAAGAGCAAUAACAGUACAUGUAAUAGUCAAGGGCAGACGACUGUAACAGAUUAUUUUCCAGUCCGAAGAAGUAGCAGGCAAACCAAAACAUGUUUGGAGAUUAAGAAAUAUAAAGAUAUUGAAUCUGCCAUUCUUGAUAAAAAGGAGGAUGGUCUGAAGGUGGUAGAUUUUAAUGGCAAAGGUCGGGGUGUUGUGGCCACACGUCCGUUUGCUCGAGGAGAGUUUGUUGUGGAAUAUGCUGGUGAUCUUAUAACUCAUAAAACAGCUAAGGACAGAGAACGUGUCUAUGCAAUGAAUCCAAACUUUGGAUGCUACAUGUAUUACUUUAACUACAACAGUAAAAAUUAUUGUGUGGAUGCUACUGAUGAGUCUGGUCGCCUGGGUCGCCUUAUCAAUCAUAGUCGUAAUGGCAACUGUCACACCAAACUCGUUGAUAUCAAGGGCCGUCCAUAUCUGAUCUUGGUUGCCUCUCGUGACGUUAAAGAUGGAGAAGAAUUGCUCUACGACUAUGGAGACCGUAGGAAGUCAUCGAUUGCAGCCCAUCCAUGGUUGCGUGAAUGA